CUGCUUAUUGAUUUGAUUUAAACUUCGUAAAAACUGUUCUUAAAUGUUUUUAUUUACAUUUCAUAUGAGUUGUUUUGGAUCAUAUGACAGUCAGACUCCGCCUCCUACAAACCAGUCCCAGCUAGAAAAAAAAAAUAACUGCGUCGUACUUAGAAACCUGAAGGUUAAGCGGACAGAUACACAUAGAGCAGAGAUGAAACACUUUAUAUAUUUACUCUUUCUGAUGGGACUAUUUCAGAAAGGUCUAACAGCUCUGGUACAGACACAGCAGACUGUGAUGGCAGCAAUGGGAGAAGAGGCUCAUUUAAACUGUCAGCUGAUGCAAAAUAAAGAUGUUGUUCAAGUCACAUGGCAGAAAGGUUCACCUGAGAAAGAGGAAAAUGUUGCUACCUACUCCGAACACUUUGGUCCAAGAGUGAAUUUUGGCUUUAUUGAUAAAGUGGGGUUUACUAAAGAUGCUGGACUGCAGAACAACUCCAUAGUUAUCAGGAACCUGGCAGAGCAGGAUGAAGGCUGCUAUCAAUGUUUGUUUAACACCUACCCUGAAGGUCGUCUCACAGGUGCAACCUGCAUCAAACUCUAUGAGCUGCAUGAACCCAUCCUACAUGUUAGAGAAUCAAACUCUUCUGAAGAGGCAGUUGUGUCCUGCUCGGCCACAGGUCGACCUGCUCCCACAGUAACAUUAAGAGUCCUGCAACAAGACCUCCACUUCUCAAACUACAGCUCUGUCAGUCUCACCAACACCAACGGUACAGUCGCUGUCACCACCACAGCUGUGCUGUCUGGUUACCGUGGCAACAGUCCAGAGGUUGGAUGUGCAGCGCGAGUGCUCUCUGGUCCUCAGAUAGAGGUGUUUAUGAUGAUUCCUGAGGUCAAACAGUCGUCUGCUGAUGGAUUUAAUGAUAAAUCUGGAUCUAAAGACAGAGAUCGCAAUUUCACCUGGAUCAUUGUGUUGUCUGUGGUAGUGGCCUUUGGUUGUGUUUGUGUUGCAGUCAUCACAUUCCUGCUCAAAAGAAAUCAUCAAAACAGUCUGUCACACAGAGACCCUGAAGAGAUCAAGACACCACAAAAAGCCACUGAAUCCACUGAUGAGUCCAAAACACCUUUAAUGCAGCAAGAGAACGAGUUAAGGCAACGGGGAACAUCUACUGUUAAAAAAAAGAGAAGCUGCAGCCCAAAAACACCGUCUCCAACAGGAAGUGUUCGACAACAGCUGAGUAAAAUGUUUAGUGACACAGAAUCCUUCAAGACUGUAGAGACAGAGUGAAGACAGAUAGGAUGAAAUAUGGAGACAUUUAUGAAAGAACCAACACUAAAAGACCUGUUUAAGAUUCAUCUUUCAGUUCAACACAGAGAAUAUAAACAAAGAUUAAUGUAAACAGCUGAUUUUAUAUUAAUGUUUUCCUACUUUUUUAUUCUUUACUGUUCUUUACUUGUUUUUAUGUUUAAAUGUUCUUUAACAGUGGAAAGAUCUUCUCUGUGUCUUGUGACUUCACUUUCUAACAUCUGUAAUAUAUUUGCAUCCUGUGUUUUUACUUCUUUCUGUCAAAUUAUUAUUUUUUUUCUUUUUAAAAUGAAAUGUAUAUAAAUGCACUGCUGCUUCUUUUUGUAUGUUUUUAUAUCAGCUCAGUUAUAUAAAGAUUAAACUUAUUGGAGACUACAUUAUAUUAAAUUGAACAGAAUAAAAUGUUUUGUAAUGGUCUGAAUUAUGGCUUAAAAAUGUAAUUGUGGGCAUUAAAAAUAAAGAAUGUAUAUUAUUACUGUGGUAAAGGAAGCUUUAACUAAAUGAGGGUGUUGUUGACAGAAAUGUAACUGUCUGAAAUCUUGGUGUUUUAUAUCUUGAAAAUGUAUUUUAAUAAAAUAUUAACUUUCUAAA